AUGGCGAGUGAUACUAGAGCGAAUCGUGAAAAGAUUGAGUUAGAUAAUUUGUUGGCCCCGCCCGGAGGGGUAGCGGGGGAGGAGAACGGAACAACUAACGAAGGUGAGGUACGUGACGGAAGGGAGUCGCUGGCAUUGCCCAGCCCUGCCACCUCUUAUGGAAGUACCAUGAGUAUAGGACCUGGCGCUUCUACUGCUAACCUGUUGAGGAUAGAUCUUGAUAAGAAGAUUUCCCGCCACACGGGAGAGGAACGGGAAACAUGGGACAGUCGAGCAGAGUUUAUCCUGUCACUCAUUGGCUAUGCUGUGGGGCUGGGCAACGUGUGGAGGUUUCCCUACCUGACGCAGAAAAACGGCGGUGGAGCAUUCCUCAUUCCGUACGCCGUGAUGUUGGUUAUUGAGGGAAUUCCUCUAUUCUACCUCGAGCUAGCCGUUGGUCAGCGCCUCCGGAAGGGGGCAGUCGGGGCCUGGAAUCAAGUCUCGCCAUUUCUACAGGGUUUAGGAUUGGCUUCCGCGGGAGUGUCCAUUAACCUUGCCUUGUAUUACAACACCAUCAUGGCAUGGUGCUGCAUCUACCUUGUACAGAGCUUUCAAAGUCCUCUUCCUUGGUCAGUCUGUCCCUCAACAACCGUAGGCAACGUCACUGUCGUAAAUCCGGAAUGUCAGAAAAGUGGCUCCACCUCCUAUUUUUGGUACAGACAAACCUUAGACAUAGCACCCUCAAUUGAAUCGCCGAGUGUCAUCAACUGGAAGUUGGCCGUGUCACUGUUGGUGUGUUGGACCAUUGUGUACCUGUGUCUCAUCAGAGGAAUUAAAUCUUCAGGAAAGGUGGUGUAUAUCACAGCAACGUUUCCAUACUUGGUGCUCGUUAUAUUCUUCUUCAGAGGUAUCACUUUGCGUGGAUUUGAGAAAGGGUUAUGGCACUUGUUUGUACCAGAGUGGAAGUCCCUGCUCGACCCUAAGGUAUGGCUGGACGCUGCCACUCAGAUUUUUUACUCCUUCGGUUUGGCGUUUGGCUGUCUGAUUGCCCUCUCCUCCUACAACCCCGUCAGAAACAACUUCGCAAAACAGGCUUAUUUUGUAACCAUCUGUGACUUUUUCACUUCCAUAUUCACUGCUACAGUCGUUUUCUCCAUACUCGGUUUCAAAGCUACAAUAGCUUACGAGGAGUGUCUUGAAAAGUAUGGUAAUGGUAGCGAUGUGAUCACUAACGGACACUCCCAUGUCAACCAUACCUGUGACUUCAAAACAAUCCUGGUGGAGUCUGGCUCUGGGACAGGUCUGGCAUUUAUAGCGUUUACAGAGGCGAUCAACCAAUUUCCGGUGGCACAGCUCUGGUCUAUCCUAUUUUUCCUUAUGCUUUUCACUCUCGGUCUGGACAGCAUGUUCGGCACGUUAGAAGGCGCUCUCACCUCCAUCAACGACAUGAUGCUCUUUCCAGGGGUUCGCAGGGAAAUCAUGUGUGGUGUGGUUUGUCUGCUCUCAUUCAUCAUUGCGCUGUGUUUCACAACAUCCACUGGCUCAUACGUGUUUUUCCUCUUCGACGCCUUCUCUGCAAACAUUCCUCUACUUAUCAUCGCCUUUAUAGAGUGUAUAGCUGUCUCCCAUAUAUAUGGCCUGGACCAAUUGUCCUAUGAUAUUGAGAUGAUGAUUGGCAAACGGCCCAGUUACUUCUUCUUGAUAUGCUGGAAGUAUGUAGGUCCAGUCGCUAUGGUGAUCAUAUUCCUCGCCAGCAUCAUAGAAAUGUUUUCUGAUGGAUUAUCAUACGAUAUAUGGGAUGCGACAAAGGGUUUCCCGGUGACCGUCCCGUUGCCAUGGUGGUGUCUGGUAGUUGCAUUUUUGUUGGUCAUGUCCUCUGUUCUUUGGAUCCCAUUAGUCGCAGUUGUAAAGUAUUUUCAUAUCAUUGACUGGAAAAAUGAAGUCCCGGCAUUUUUUCCAGAAGAGGAACUUACCGAAGAAAAAAAUAUUAAGCCUCAUGUUACCACGAGCUUCGAGAAACAGUUUUUAGGUUUUAAACAAUAG